UUAAGGACGGGAAAGCGUUUGCGUCGUUUUUCUAAUAUAUUCGGUUUUUGCCCAAAGUGUCGGCCUCUGGGCCAAUGAAAUGCAUCAGAAUAGACACAUAUAGGUGUCAACUUGUUCCUCGUGAGUUUAGUUCAGAAAUUUAUUCAAGCUAUGGCGGAAUUUGAGACUGAAGAAUUUUCUGACGGUAGCGAUUUCGAGGAGUUUCUCGGCUUCGAAGAUGUUGAUGAGGCCGAGUACUUUGAUGACGAAUACGAACCGAUUGACCGGGAAUUAUGGUUAAGGCACAUGUUCGUGAAUGACGACGACGAGGAAGAAGAAGAUGAUUUAGGGGAGUUUGAGGGUUUCCAGACCAACUGGAAGACGGACAACUACCAUCGAAAUCGACGGAGUGCCUUCAACAGGACACCAGGGGUGAAGCUCGAUUUGCCUCAAGAUGCCACACCGCUACAGGCAUUUGAGAAGAUUUUUAAGGAGGAACUUUGGACACAUCUCGUCACAGAGACAAACAGAUAUAGAGACCAGGUUGAACAAACACCGACCAGAGCGAAGACGGCAAGGUGGUCUCCGGUAACUGUGCCGGAGAUUAAGACCUUUAUUGGUAUCUGUAUGGGAAUGGGGCUGCUUGUGUUGCCGGUGCGAAGAGAUUACUGGCGACAGAGUAAGAAUCUCUUUCGGACGCAAUUCGCCAGAAAUAUGUCCCGGGACAGAUUUGCGGCCAUCUGGAGGUAUCUACACCUCCAGGACAACCAGGCAGCAGUCAACAGAGAUGACAAGAUGUGGAAAAUGCGCUGGUUCCUAGAUUACCUCCUGGCUCAAUUCCAGGCACUUUAUGAGGUGGAUGGCAACGUGUCUCUGGAUGAGAGCAUGAUUAAAUUCAAAGGGCGUCUCUCCUUCAGCCUACAAAGUGGGGUAUCAAGGUGUGGGUAAUGGCUGAGAGCGCCACUGGAUAUGUGACCAACUUCCAGGUCUAUGCUGGUCGUGAAGGGUCAGGAGAGAAGGGCCUGGCACAUCGUGUGGUUAUGGAUUUAGCCAGACCAUAUUACGGCUCUCACCUGUCCAUCUACAUGGACAAUUUUUACACCGGGGUAGGUCUCUUGGAGGAGAUGAGGACCCAUGGCCUGUAUGCUUGUGGCACUGAUCGUGCCAACCGGAAGGGAUCCCAAAGAGUGAGCUGCUUCGAAAGAAAACCUAGCUCAACAAGCACGAAUACAGGGUCGCUCAGAUGGACGACCUCACAUUUUGUAUUUGGCAAGACACAAAGACGGUCAUGGUGUUGUCCAACCACCAUGACCCAACUGAGAAGGGGACCGUAAACAGGAGAAA